AUGGCAACAGCAAUGACUGAAAAUAAUGAACAAACACAAUCAAGUGUAGGUAUAUUACUAAUUUUUGGCGAUAUUAUUUCUAAUCAACAACGUGACGAAAUAUUUCAUUAUCUUAAUAAAGCAUUUAAACAUAUUGAUAAUAAUAAAUUUCAUGAAAUAGAAGAUCUUUUCAAUAAUUUAGUUCAUAAUGAUGAAUUUCAAAUUGAUUCACAAUAUCGACAAAUAAAAAAUACUGAAAAUGGUUCAAUUGCUGGAUUUCUUUAUUUACCUAAUUUUCAUGCUGUAGUAAAUGUAUUGAAGGAUUAUUUUAAUAGUUGUUAUCAUGUUUCGAUUAUUUUUUGUGGUCAACAAAUUGAUUCAAAUGGUUCAUUUAUUUUAUCUGAUUCAGUUUUAACUUCGGAUCAUUUUUAUAAUUUAUUUGAAGAUAAUUCUACAUAUGUUAUUGAAGAUUUACAAAUAAUAUUACCAUUUAUUUCUCAUCAAUGGACACGAUUAUUAAAACAAAAAUAUUUAAAAAAUAUUCAACUAGAUGAUUUAUCUAAAGAAAUCAAUGAAGAAAAUUCAUUCGGCAAUAAGUUUUAUGAACGAUUAAGUCAAAUUUUAAAUAAGGAUACCAUUAAUUUUGAUAUUUAUAAUAAAUUAAUACCAAGAGAUAGUUCAGGAACAAUUGCUUUCGAUGAGCCAAAUCUUUAUAUAUUAUAUGGUCAACAAGGUGAAGCAUCAUUAUUUGGUAUUCGAGGUUUUGUUGUAUUAGUUAAUGGAGGUUUCAGUCGAAUGCCUUCUUAUUGGAAUUUAAUUCGUGGUUUACAAACUAUUGAUGCUUGUAUUUUAACACAUUUUGAUUAUGAUGUUCUACCUGGUUUACAAACAAUUCUUCAUCGAAAAACAAUUCCAUCAUUACAUGAUGGUCGAUUAUGUAAACCGGAUAUAGGAGCUAUUUUUGUUAAUCAUAUUCAACGAGCACGAUUUCAAUCAUCACAUUCAUCAAAAAUAUUAUCUAAUAGCAAAUUAUCAGUCAAUUUAUCUCAUAAUAUAGAUCAAUUUUUACAUGAUAUUAAACAGUUAAAUAUUGAAACAUUUGAUUUAGUAAAAUCUACAACACCAAAUAAACAUACUAUAGAACCAAUUAAUCUUUAUAAAAAAAUAGCUUUUGGUUCACUUGAUCUUUAUAUUUUAUAUCCAUUACCAUCAUCAGUUGAUGAUGAUAAAUAUUUAGCAACUUUACAAAAAAUUCCAAUUCGUGAUCAACAACCAUCACCUUCAAUAAUUCCUCUUCAUCAUUGGUAUUCAUCAUGUACACUUCUCGUUUGGACACCAACAUCGAAAUCGACCAAAGAUAGUUUAGUUCGCAUUCUAUAUACAGGUGCAUGUCCACAAACACUUGUCUUUGAAGCAUUAGCCAGAGUUCGUCAUUUGGAUUUAUUACAUGAAUCUCAACAACAACAUCAAACAAGUCGAGCCGGCAGUGCUAAAACAGCAUCAUCUACGAAUAGCAGCAUAAAUAUUAAAAAUCUAUCCUCAAAACCUAAACCAACAUCAAGUGGUGAAACAACUAAAGUUCUUCCACGUACUGUCAUGUCAAAAUCAAAACCUCUAUCAAAUACAACUCUAAAAUCAGAUAAUAAACCUCGAUCAGCGCCUACAACAACAAAAACAGAUAAGAAAACAUCUGUUUUAACAACUGAUAGAUCUCUUCAAUCAACUACUAAAGAUAAGAAAACACAAAAUUCUCGCCAAACAAUAUCAAAAAACGUUACUAAAAUUAAUCAAAUUGAUAAUCAGGAACAAAAAUUAAAUACACAAAACAUUGAACAAGAACAAUCAAAUAACAAUCAUAAUCAAUCAAAAGAAACAAAUGAUUCAUCUGAUAUAAUUAAUGAUGAUGUUCAAAUAAAACGUCCAGAAUCAUUUUCAUUUACUGAGGAUACAAAUGAAUCAUUUGUUGAUAGCAAUGCUGCAACACCACUUGAUGAAACUAAUUCAAAUUUUAUUUCUACUGAUCCCAUGACAACAAGUUUUGUUGAUGGAGCACCUAAUACUCGAAAUCCAUUUCUUGAUAAAACUGAUGAUAUAGAAAUAGUUCAUCAUAAUAUAUCAACAACAACGACUAAUACAAUGCCAUCAAUUGGCGAAAUUAAUUUACAAGGUUUACCAAUGGAUGAUGAAAAUCAUUUGAAAAAAACAACAGUUAGAAAAUCAAGUGUUCCGACAAUUUCAAUUAAUAAUCCACGUAAAUCAAAACAAACAUUACCAUCAGGUACAAUAUUUUAUGUCGAUGUUGCAUAUAUUCCAUAUCAUGGUAAUGAACAUUAUGUUGAUAGUGAAUUUUUUCGUCGUAUACGCGCUCGUUAUUAUAUAUUAAAUGCUGUUGAAAUAAAUCGUCUUACAUUAGAAUCUUUAAUUGAUGGAAAACAACAAUGGGAUAAACAAGAACAUAUACCAGUAACACUUGUACCAACAUAUGAUGGUGAUCAAUUACGACAAUUUUUUGUUAUGAAUAAAACUCGUUUAGCUGAACUUAAUAUAAAUAUAAUUCCAGCAUCAACUCGGUGUAAUGUGCAAUAUGAUGAUGAAGGUUCACCUGCACAACGUUUACGUUUUAGUGACGAACAAUAA